ACAAGCUGUGCCAGGGCAGCAAGGGGCCCUCCAUCCGCUACCGGGGCGAGUGGCUCACCCCCAACGAGUUCCAGUUCGUCAGCGGCAGGGAGACCGCCAAGGACUGGAAGCGCAGCAUCCGCCACAAAGGAAAAAGUUUGAAGACUCUUAUGUCCAAAGGAAUCUUACAGGUACAUCCUCCAAUCUGUGAUUGCCCUGGGUGUCGAAUUUCGUCUCCAGUGAAUCGGGGGCGCUUGGCCGAGAAGAGGACGAUCCCCUUGCCUCCCACCAGGACCCCAAAGAAGGAGCUGCCCUCUAUUUUUUCACACAGUGACGACAGCGAAGAGAGCGACAAGGUCAACGGUCACCACCCCGAUGUCAAGCAAGAGGAGGAUUUGCAUAUUAGUAUCAUGAAAAGAAGCCGGGACAGCGACCUGACCUCCUUCAUCUCCAACCUACACCAGAGCCGCCAGCUCGUUAUGCCAGAGACCCAGAGCCGCUGCGAGUUCAAGAGAAGCAGCCUCGACGUCGGCUUGGGAGGAGCAGAUGAAGUUUUAGGCAAGAGGAGAGCCUGUUCCCCGAACAGUAGCAGUGAAUGUCCUCUGGAAAACAAGAAAUCCCGAAGCGAGUCCCCAAAAGAGAACUCCCACACCCCCUUGCUGGAGGGGGCCGUGACUCAGAUGACCCCGGAGGAGCACUACCGGCGGAUGAUGUCGGCCCUCAAUGAACACGGCACCUUCGAGGAGCAGCAGCAGCAGCGCCUCUACCAGCUGGCCAACAGCAUGGCGGUUCCCAGCCACAGCGAUAUCCUCCGGGCACGGCAAGAGGUGGCAGCAGCUGCAGCGCGCAAUCCCGGCACCAUGGAGGCCCACCUUCCUUCGGCCGGCAACUCGUCCAGUCAGCGCAGGAAGCAGGGUCUCCCGCAGCACCGGGACUCACACUUCUCUGAGAGGGAGAUGUCCCAUCCACCACCCCUUCUGUCGCCUCAAAAUGCUCCCCAUAUUGCAUUAGGCCCCCAUUUGAGACCCCCUUUCUUAGGGGUGCCGUCGGCUUUGUGCCAAACACCAGGUUACGGGUUUCUACAGCCUGCCCAAGCCGAGAUGUUUGCGCGGCAGCAGGAGAUGUUGCGGAAACAGAACCUGGCCAGGCUGGAGAUGUCGGCCGAGAUCAUCCGCCAGAAGGAACUGGAGAACCUUCAUCGGCAGAGGCUACUGGCAGGCGACCCGAUGAGCUUGCAUCCGGGCCUGCCGCCGGACCACCCGGCUCUGCGCAAUGUCCACGAGAUCCCCGAGGGUCACCCACUUCGGGACGAGCUCUCACGGAGGAACGCCAUGCUGGUGCUCCGGCACAACAACACUCCGUUGUUGUCGCUGAACCACCACGGGGUCCCCAGCGCCUCCACCACCCCGCCCAAGGAACAGAGCAGCGGCAGGAGGGGGAGCAGGAAGUCGGUACACCACCGGGCCGAGGCGUCAGGCCAACACGAGUCCAAAGAGCUGUCCGAAAGCCGGGCCCCCGACGGCAACGACGAGGAGAUGAAGGAUUCGGAGAGUGACGCUGAGGCGAACGAUGAGAAGCUGGAAAGCAUGAAGGCCGAGAGCAGCGCUUCGGCCAAUGAGCUCAAGGAGUGCAAAGAGACGGUGAAGGCCUGCGACAGUGCCAAAGAACUUGGCGACUUGUCCGCCAGCCAGAACGCUCCAUGCAGCUCCUCCAGCGCCGAGUCGCCCAGCCAUCUCCUCGGCCCGGUUAUCAACAAAACCGAAGCCAAAUACCUCCCUCCCGCCUCCCUCCCUCCGCCUCAGCCACUGCCAUUUGGGUUUCCGUACACCAUGAGCCCCUAUUUCCAUGCAGGAACUAUGGGAGGUCUCUUUCUGGACGGUGAAGAGAGCCCAUCCCUGGAGGACGUCAGCAAGUGGACGGUGGAAGACGUCUGCAGCUUUGUGAGCAGCUUAUCCGGCUGUGCUGAGUAUGCUCAGGUCUUCCGAGAACAGUCCAUUGAUGGCGAGACGUUGCCUCUCUUGACAGAAGAGCACUUACUGAACAACAUGGGGCUGAAGCUGGGACCGGCCUUGAAGAUCAGGUCACAGGUUGCCCGGAGAGUGGGCCGCGUGCUGUACAUGGCCAGCUUCCCCAUGGCCUUCCCACUGCAGCCGCCGGGCCUGCGCCCCACGGACCGCGACUUGCCUCCCGCCGACCUGCGGCCCUCCUCCACGGGGAGCAUGGCCUCCUCUCCUUACAGCGGCUCCCUCCUCCCCGCCAGCCGGAUCUCACCAAAGCAGGAAAAUGGAAACCCCUCCCUGUUGGCCGCCCUCAACGAAACCACGAAGCCGCCGUUGUAAACGCCCUCCAC